UCGAGAGACAAGCGAAGAGAGAGGCACAGACACAGACAAACUGGAGACAGAGACAGCGAGAAGCAGCUUCUCCGGCUGAGUUCACAAUUUGUAAGAUACAAAACGCGGACAAACAAUUGGCAGUCCAGCAUGGAAACCUAUUUGACCGAGAUCAAACAAUUGCGCAUUCCACGCCCGAAAUUCGAGCCGAAUAGCUGCCACCAACAGCACCAGCAUGCAACGGCAACGGGAGCGGCAGCGGGAACGGGAACCGCGACAGUGACACCGACGCCCCCACAUCAUCAUCAGCUUCAGCUACAGCAUCAUCAUCAUCAUCAUCAUCAUCACCACGCCCAUCAUCAGUGGCGACACUUUGUGCGGCCCUUUACACCGCCACGCGAUUAUCACUUGCCAGUUGUUGGCGGAGCCGUCGCCUGGUCGGCAGCGGAGGACAGCGCCACGCACGACAAAAUGUAAGGGAGGAGCCGGGCUGAGUUGGUGGGGAGUGUGGCGGGGAUCUACCGAGCUCGCAGCUCGGCGGUCUGUUUGAGCUCGAUUGUAUUGCAUUGACGCUGGCUUUGCUGUUGUCGUAUUGAUUACACUACCAAUAUGUCGAGCGAGAGAGGAGAAAGAUAUAUAUGGUAUAUACACACAUGCUAUGUAUAACUAUAAUCUAUCAAGAGUU